GGAAUCAAUCGUGAGCAACUAAGGGUUAAGAGAGAGAGAGAGAGAGAGAAAACAAAGUAGUUGGGUUUAUUUACAUUGCCGGCGAUCUCCCAGUGGCCUCGGUCCAUUGGCCGACAGCGGGCUCCGGCUGGUGCUGAAAUUUGGGUCUAAUGGCAGAAAUUCCCUGAAGUCAGAUGUUUUGGGGCUUGGUCAGGACGGUCGCGUCAUUCCAGGAUCGCUCUCCUUUAUUCCUCUCUCUCUUUCUCUCUCUCCCUCCCUCUCUCUGUCCUUCUCACCGGUUGACAGAUGAAGCCUGGGUUCCAGAACUGCAUUCCUCCGGAUACGCCUUGAUAAGUGCCACUUCUCUGUCUCUCUGUCUCUCUCUCUCUUUCUGUCUCUCUCUCUCCCUCUCUGUCUCUCUCUCUCUCUCUCUCUCUCUAUAUAUAUAUAUAUAAUUAUUAAUUUUGGUUGGGGGUGGGAUUUAGACGCUGAGGCGAGAUGUCACGAUGAUCCAGUAACUUUUGGAUGAUCUGCGACUUUGAUUCCAGGUCGUCAUGAUGUAUUCUCCGCUCUGCCUGACUCAGGAUGAAUUUCAUCCAUUCAUCGAGGCACUUCUUCCACAUGUCCGUGCAUUUGCCUACACGUGGUUCAACCUACAAGCUCGGAAACGAAAAUACUUUAAGAAGCAUGAAAAGCGGAUGACAAAGGACGAAGAGAGAGCAGUGAAAGAUGAGUUGUUGAGUGAGAAAGCGGAGGUGAAGCAGAAAUGGGCCUCGAGGCUGCUUGCCAAGCUGCGCAAGGACAUCCGUCCUGAGUAUCGCGAGGAUUUCGUGCUGACCAUCACAGGGAAGAAGCCUCCCUGCUGCGUUCUCUCCAAUCCGGACCAGAAAGGCAAAAUAAGACGCAUCGAUUGUUUACGGCAAGCGGAUAAAGUUUGGAGGUUGGAUCUAGUGAUGGUGAUCCUGUUUAAAGGGAUCCCUUUGGAAAGUACUGAUGGAGAGCGUCUGGUGAAGUCCCAACAGUGUAAUAACCCCAUGCUGUGUGUGCAGCCCCAUCACAUAAGUGUUUCAGUUAAGGAACUUGAUUUAUACUUGGCAUACUUUGUGCAAGAAAGAGAACCAGAGCAGGGUGGUAGCCCAAGGCCUGCUAUUGGCUCUGAAGCUGAUGACAACAAGACAGGAACAAUUGAACACACAGAAUUUCAGGACAGCUUUGUGACUUCAGGCGUCUUCAAUGUAAAUGAGCUAGUGCAGGUAUCCAGAACUCCCAUUGUGACAGGAACAGGGCCGAAUUUCUCUCUCGGAGAGUUACAAGGUCACUUGGCCUAUGAUUUGAACCCACCAAGUGCGGGGAUGAGAAGAACUUUGCCAAGCAGCUCAUCGAGUGGGAGUAAAAGACACAAAUCUGGUUCAAUGGAAGAUGAUAUUGACACUAGUCCAGGUGGGGAGUUUUACCCUUCACCCAGCUCACCUGCAAGCAGCAGUAGGAACUGGCAGGAGGAAAUGGAAGGAGGUAUCUCCCCUACAGUGAAGAAGACUGAGAUGGACAAAUCUCCAUUUAACAGCCCAUCUCCACAGGACUCCUCUUCACGAUUGAGUAGCUUCACACAGCACCACCGUCCUGUGAUCGCUGUGCACAGCGGUCUUACAUCACGAAGUCCCCAUGCCUCUUCAUCUUUGCAUUUUCCAACAACCUCCAUCCUUCCCCAGAGUGCUUCAGGUUACUUCCCUCACACAACGAUCCGGUUCCCACCACAUCUCAAUCCACCGGACCCUCUCAAGGAUCUGGUCUCACUUGCCUGUGACUCAUCUAAUCAGCAACCAGGCCCGCCUGGGAGGGAGGGAGAGCGAGCCACGGACUACUCCAUGACUUCAGUGACAAUGCCACUUCGUGCUCAAAUGAGAGGACGCAUGCUUCCUGCGGAGCGAGACACCCUGUGUCAGUUGUUCUACUCCCCAGGCCCUGGGGAGUGUUAUCCUCAUGUGAAGCUGAAUGGCAGUGGUCAAGUGGUAAGCAAAGUCCCGAGCCACUACAUUUCUACACAGAUGCUGGCGCCGCCACCUCCCCCAUCCAUGGCCAGAUCAGUAACAUUGGCAAUGCCACCAGACACCAAAACAACCACAACAACCACAGAGGGUGGAGCAACAUCACCAACAUCACCCACCUACACGACACCUGGCACCCCCCCAGCUAAUCGUUCCUUUGUGGGAAUAGGACCAAGAGAUCCUGGCAGCCUUUAUCAGCCACAGUCCUGGUAUCUGGGAUAGUUGAAGUCCCCUUUCAAGUAUUACAGAAGCUAUUUAAUCAUGUUUCAAGAAACAUGGUCAAGCGUCAACUUUGGUUUCAAGUUUAAAACAGAGAGAACAAGGGAGAAGACUAUUUAUCGACUCACCUUUAAAAGAAAAUGAAAAGUCAGAAACACUAUCAUCCUACCAACAUGUUCCGAAGAUGGGUGCAAUUCACUUCUUCCAUUGGCUGAAGCUUAGCCUGAGGUUUCCCCAUCUGUUUUAUGCAAAUAAGCCUUUAUAUUUCUUAAAAAAAUUACAGAACAAAGUUUACUAAAUCUGCUUUUGAAAGGGUGGGAAAAUUAAUCUUCAUCAGUUGAACAUAAUUCAAAAUUACAUUAUGGUUUUCUUUUGAUUUCUCCUUUUAACAAGUAAAGGUAGCAUCAUUUACGCAAAGGAUGGAUGCACAGUAAUGUACAUAACCAUUUCAAAGCCACCCAAACCUAGCCUUCAAGUGCUGAAAUGCACAGAAUGAGCUGUAUCUAUGCAUUGGAGUACCUGAGGACAGGUCUAUUAGAAGUUAUCACAGUUUAGGACAAUUCUUCACACUUUUUAAAAUCAUUCUUGAUUAUAAUCGUUGUGAACAGUUUUUUUUACUAACUUUAUUGGAAAGUUUUAAACAUCACAAAAACAUGCACUAAUGAAGCCUACACAUUGGAGACCAUCACUUCAAUAUGGUUAAUUCAUUAGCUUGACAUCAAGUUAUGUUCCUUGUUUCUGUUUCAGAACUUUGGGCAAACUAAACACAAGAAAAAUUAUUUUUCUACUAUACAAAUAAAUGUGUUUAAUACACUGGUAUAAAAUCAUUCCAUUAAAUUGUUGAGGCUGACAUAUUUAAAAUUAGAGACUUCCUUCAUACCAACAUUGCAGGUCAAAUUAGCCAGGGUGAUGGUUGCCGAGUCUCAACCUGUCAAUUAUUGGGAACAUCAUGAAGCAAUUUCUCUUCUUUUGCUUAUGAACUAAGGAGGAUGCUGAAAAUAUUCAGUGUCAGAAAAAUCCUGCACCACAGCUUGUCAGUGAAUGAUUUAAUUUACCUAAAACUUUAAACACAUUUUCAAAAUUAUUUAACCACAGCAUACCACAAAGCAAAUCAUUCAGUAAUGUAGCUUACUAUUUCUCAAUUACAAUUUUCCCACCCUAAGCAUCAUUUAGUUUUUGCAUGUAGCUAGUAGCACAGAUGCAGAUGUUCAUCUACCAGAGCAGUAGACUUAUCGGUUUUAGUUAUUAUUGCUUCUUCACUAGUGCAUGACCAUAGACCAUAAGAUACAUACCUAGCUUUUGGUGAUAGUAUUGGGAGGCAAAUGGUGGCUAAAGAUAGGGUGUGGGGAAGUUCCUUGUAUGCAAUGCAAGUGCAGGGCCUCACACUGCCAAACAUACUUACCAUUCCCUCCUGGCUACAGGUUGCAUUUAUUUUCAAAAUUAAACAUACAAGUGGCUGCAAACUCAGAGUAUCUUUAGUUUAGUGGAUUAUAUUUUGGGAGCAGGGUAGAAAAUUGUUUCAAGAAUCAAUAAUUUUUGUGAUUUUUUUUUUUUGUUUAAUUGUAAAGUUAAACACCAUGUGUUUAUCCCCCAGGUAAUCACAUCUUUCUGCCAGUAGCUAUUACACAGGAGAACAGCACCAGAAUUGAACAAGGCCUAACUUGGUUUCAAAGAUACACUUUGAAAACUAACGUCCAAUCAGUAAUCAGUUUUAAAUUGGGGAAAUAAAGGAAGUGGUUGCUGCAUUUUAAAGGAACAGGUUAACUGCCUGUUUAAACAGAAAAAAAAAUCUUUUGUAAAGAUUUAAGAGGCAAGUGCAAUUGAAAGGAAACAAAUUUGUAACUUAGUGAUUCUUUGUAACUUGUCCUUGUACCCCAGGACUGUAAACAGGGGAAAAUUGUCGCCAGGCGACUGUGGCACAAAAGUGCACCCCAAACCCCCUCCCCCACCCACCUUUCACAGGUGAACACAAAUGCCUUAGUCAGUAUCUUACUUGUUAUUUUAUUUUUUUAAGCAGAGGGUAGCCAGCUGCUCUUUCGUAAAAUAAAAAAAAUACAGAACUUGUGCACACGAUAUCAUUCAUUAAACUGACACAUAUCAAAAGCAAUAUUUGGCAUAAUUUAGUUUUGUUCACAACUGAGAGCUUUUGAUGAAAGUAGCCUGUAUCUGAACAAAUUUCUGUCCAUGUACGCUUAUAUUUCUUGGUUAGGUACACAGCCUUGCCUGAGCUAAAAUGCUGGCAUCUGAAACCUCACAAGAGUGUAAACAUAAACAGUGAGGAAAACUCUAAACGUAUUUAUAUUAACAUGUUUUUUUUCAUCAAAGGUGCUGAGUGAUGCAUGGUGCUUUGAUAGUAAACUUUGUGAUCCAGCAAAAAAGAUCAGCUAAACUGCUGAAUUCUGACGUGCAUGGCAACUAUGUGCGGGCUUCACUCUUUUCCCUACAAAAUCCUUUCCUAAUUUGCACGAAAUUUUAUACCACAUUAUGUGCCUUGCCUUUGAGAAAAAAUGUUUAAAAAAAAACAAAAAAAAAAAAAUCCUUGGUAUCACUGCACAAUCUUUUUGCUGCAUGUACGGUUGCUUGUCAUUAAAAAAAAAUUGCCAUUGGUAAAAA